UCAAGUGAAACAAAAUAUUGCUGUGAUAAGUCCCAAACUUCAAAAAAGCGUACUAACAACGCUUGUACUGGAUGCCGAGCUUCGAAAAAAAAAUGUAGUGACGAAAAACCCUGUACACGCUGUAUAAAGAAGGAUUUAACUUGUAAGAUCGCUAAUAGAUGUAGUAAUUGCAGAUGGAAAUACGUAGUCGAAGACAAGUUGUAUUGUGACGUUUGCUUUCAAAAACUUGGUUAUGAUUGGGAAACGAGACCAAUUGCAAGUAAUGUAACUGAUUUCGGACCUGAUGUACCUCUUUAUACGUGGGACUAUUCAAUUACAACUACAAGUGAUUACAACAUGGGAGUCAUUCAAUUUAUUGAUGUGCCUUUAGAAGAUUGUGAUAACACUAUGAAUCCACAAUAUCCGUCAAUUUUUGGCUCUGUAGAUGUAUCUACUACUGUAAGAUGA